GUAUGAUGGUGCUUUAAGCCCUCAAACUGUGAAUAGGCUUUGGAAAUUCUAUACUAUGCCAAAUUUCCUCUUAGGCAUGGUGUUAUUAUUGGUAAACGAACAAUGUCUCGCAGGUAUGUUCUCAUCCCUAAUCCGGUCUUUUGUAGGCUACUCAUUUAUUUUAGUAGCCUUUAUAGGCUAUUGAUCUACGCCGUGGGCCUACUAGAAGACGGCCUUGUCGCAAGUUGUGAGCGCAUUAAUCUUAAAAUAACAAAUAUGUAUUUCUUGUUGUAUAAUUUAAAGAUGUCCACUCUCUUCAUCGACGUUGCGUUGCGACUCAGGGGACUUCAUUUCCUCAGAACAUACAAUUUUUAAUGGUAGAUGACAUUAUGGUCUACUAUUACAUGACUGCUUCGAAGGAAUUCUCAAUACCGCAGUGGCUGAACCAUUCCGAGGGUGUUUUACUCUGGGAAGAGAUCAGGAGGAAUUUGAAAUAUAAUCGUUUCAUCAUGGACACUGCCAUAAAACUGACUAGCAAACGCUUCAAUCACUCACAUGACCACUUUUACCAGGCCCAUGGUCGGUGUGAGUGGGAUACAGAGGAUAAGUACGUUUCAGCAUCCUUGGGCCAUGCUUAUGACGGUAAAGACUUUGUAAGUUUUGAUGUUACAUCCAGGACAUGGGUAGCUGCAGUGCCAGAAGCAGUCUUCUAUAAAACUAAAAGAGAGGAAAAUACUGAGGAUCUGCAUCGACUGAUUUACAGCUACAAACACGGGUGUAUUGACUGGCUGGAAAAAUUGCUGCACUUCAGCAAGGAAGAAAGGAAAGAGAAAGUUCCAGAUGUGGUGCUGAUUAAAAAGUCUUUCCCUGGUUCCUCUGACAAGCUGGUCACAUGUCACGUGACUGGUUUUUACCCUCGGGCGGUGCAGGUGGAAUGGCUUAAUCAAGAUGGCCACUUAUCGGAUGGAGUGAGCCGUGGGGAGGUGCUGCCCAAUUGUGAUGGCACAUACCAGGUUAAGCAAACCCUGAAAGUACCAGGCGGAACCCAGUGGUCCCAAGUCUACAGGUGUCAGGUCAUACACAGCAGUGUGAUUGGGAACAUCACAGUGGUAUGGGAUCCCAAGAAGAGCUUGUUCCUGCCUGUGAUAGUGGGAAGCACCAUUGGAUCCAUUGCCGUGACUGUGCUUUUUGUGAUAGUAUGCUUGAAAAGAGGAAAAUGUCAUCAAAACCCUGCAGAGUUAUGUUGGAGAACAACUUGAACUUGCCACCUCAAUGUAGCACGGAGCCAUGCAAUCCACCAACCUCUCCACUCAUUAAGCAACGAUAAACAGACUAUGGGACAAUGAGGCAUAGCUUCACCAGCAAGCACAUGAAUCUGUUAUAAUAACCAUCUUCUGUUUGUGUACUGUUGCAAACUUGUUAUAGGCUAUUGUUUUUGAUUGAUGGGUUCAUAUUUUGCCGUUAUACCCUUAUCAACAGCUUCAGUUUAGUUCUACUCAGAUAUGCUUCUUGCAGGGUACUUUUGAUGUUUUUACCAGGUCAUAUAAUUUGCUUUCUUAGCCAUUCAGUAUGUGCUCAGAUAGCUAAGCUUGUGUAUUCAUACAUUUGUCUUAUUUAUAUAUUUAUUUUAUAUUUAUUUUAUUUAUCUAUUUGUCUUGUUACUUUUUUGGUACUAUCAUUAUUUAUUUGGGGAAAAGGGGCUCAGAAAUUGAACAGAUCUUAUGUAAAUAUUUUUGUAAAAUUAGUCCAGACUAAGGCUGUUACAUUUCUUGUAAUGUAUUAUAUUUAUUUUACUGAGACUCCUGUUUACAUGAUAUGAGAGAAAGUCUCUGGUACACACAAGAAAUCUAAUGCGGACCAACAACUUACCAAAAAAAUGCCCAUGUCCUUUCAGGGCCUUUGGGUUAGUGGUGUACAUGACAAAAUAUCUAGUGCACACCGGAAACUUUUUGGCAUGCACAUUGCUCCAUUGCCACCUAUUGAACAGAAACAUUUUAAAAGAACUUGCUCGGCAGCACCAACAGUCACUAAAUUGAGGUGUUCUUUUUUAAACAGUCAUUCCAGUUCACCUGAUCUUGCCAACAAAUAUCUGCCAUCAUCACUCAGCUCCACCUAUAUUUGGUUGUACUAUCUAAUGUACUGUAUUUGUAAUAAUUAACUUAAUUUGUUAAUGGUCAUGUAUUUAAAUUCUCCCUACAAUGGUGUAUAUUUUGAUGUUAGAUGUUUAUGUUGUUUGUAUUGUUGUUACGUUGUUUUAUUUAUUGUUUUAUUGUUUCGCUACAUUGUUAUUGCUUUCGAAAAGUAUCUUCUCUAGCUGACUUGUUCUGAUGGGGAGGUUAUGAUGCUUUACAUGUAUUUAAAUGCUAAAGACAUUUCCCUCUGAUGUCUUUCUUCAGUUUUCCAGAGCAUAUUUCAAGUCAAGUUGCUUUGUUUUUACAUUACCAAAGUGCUUCACAUAUAUAGUAGGCCUAGGCCUAUACAAAAUACAUAAAAAAGAAAGGAGUUUUGAUGAAUAGGCUCUGUCAGGCUGGCUUUGCAUCCGGGCUAAAAGCUAACCAUGGUUUUGGUAGGCCUAGACUAAUUAACAAUGGUUCAUGAAAUUACAACGUUUGUUUGGGUAACCAUGGUUUAUGAAUAUACGUUUAUCAUUGUUUCACUAUGGUUAAACCUAGUAGGCCUAUAACCACAGUUACCAUUAACACUUCGGGUGCCCCCCACCUCCCCCCAACAUUCUAAAUCAAUUGUAUGCACCAUAUUGCUAUGUAGCAUGGUAAUAUUAUAC